AUGUCCCAGAGAAUUGAGGCUUUACCCAGAGCUACAGUGAGAAUAACACCAGACAUAUCUGUGUUCACUGGAGAGACAGUCAAUCUGACAUGUGAGAUAGAUCAGUACAGUGACUGGAGAUAUGUGUGGUAUAAAGCCAGAACUUGGACUGUAGCGUCUGAGGGAAUCAUCUACACCAUCAGAUCACCAUCAGAUCAGGAUGAGUUCUGGUGUAGAGGAGAGAGAUAUGGACGACCCUCAUACUCACAGGACAGUGAUCAUGUGACUCUCUCUGUUAAAGCUUUACCCAGAGUUACAGUGAGUGUAACACCAGACAGAUCUGUGUUCACUGGAGAGACAGUCACUCUGAAGUGUGAGAUAGAGGAUCAGUACAGAUCAUUAAACUGGAGAUAUCUGUGGUAUAAAGACACAACUGAAGUGUUUAACUCUGAGCGUUACACUAUAAACAGAGACUCUCUCACUAUCACUGGAGUUACUGAAUCUGAUCAGGAUUGGUUCAGGUGUAGUGCAGAGAUACACGGACGACCACAUACUUCACUAUCAAGCUCUGCUGUUUAUCUCACUGUGAAGGCUUUACCCACAGCUAGAGUAAGAGUAACACCAGACAUAUCUGUGUUUACUGGAGAGACAGUCACUCUGAAGUGUGAGAUAGAGGAUCAGUACAGAUCAUUAAACUGGAGAUAUAUGUGGUAUAAACGUGGUACUGAAGUGUUUAACUCUGAGCGUUACACUUUAAAUAAAGACUCUCUCACUAUCACUGAAGUUACUGAAUCUGAUCAGGAUGAGUUCAGCUGUAGUGCAAAGAUACACGGACGACCACAGACUUCACUAUCAAGCUCUGCUGUUUAUCUCACUGUGAAGGGAUCAAAACCAAAACCUGAACUCAGAUCAGAUAUUGAAGGAUCUGUACUGACAGGUAACACAGUGACUCUGCAGUGUAACAUUGAUCAGUCUACUGGAUGGAAGUUUUACUGGUACAAAAACACGCAAAACACUGAGAAGACGACAACAGAAACAAACUCUUAUACUGUCAACAGAGUUAAAGUUUCAGAUGGAGGUCAGUACUGGUGUAGAGCUGGAAGAGGAAAAACAGACUAUUACACAGACUACAGUGAUGGACUGUGGAUAAAUGUUACAGAGAGUCCUAAACCUGUAGUGAGUGUUGAUCCUGACAAACAGCUGUUCAGAGGAGAAACUGUUACUCUGAGAUGUGACAUACAGGAUACAGGAGACACUGAGUGGACAUACAGCUGGACUGUAGAGAAGACAAAUAACAGAAAUAUAAUCACACAAUGCAACACACAAGAGUGUAAAAUCAACAACAUUCAACAGACUGACAGUGAUAAAUACACCUGUAGAGGAAAGAUACGUGAACAAAACACUGAGAUGAGUGAUGCUGUUACACUGACUGUAUCAUCAGAUAAACCACAGACAGUUUUAAGUGUUUCUCCACAGCAGUGGUUGACUGAAGGAGAUUCAGUGACUCUGAUGUGUGAGGUUAUAAAUUCAUCUACAGGCUGGACAUUCAGCUGGUUCACUGUACAGAGUCUUUAUUCAGAUGAUUAUGAGCUGAUGACAGUCAGCAUUAGAGGAUCUAAAGGCAUCUACACAGUGAGUUCAGUGACUGUGAAGCACACAGGAGUUUAUAUGUGCAGAGCAGAGAGAGGAGAUCCAGUCUAUCACACAGAGUACAGUAACACACAAACACUGUGGAUCACUGGUGUUUCUCCUUCAGUCUCUCUGAUCAUCAGACCCAACAGAUCUCAACACUUCUCAUCUGAAUCUCUCUCUCUGAGCUGUGAGGAUCACAGUAACUCUACUGGAUGGACAGUGAGAAGAUACACACACAAACUGAAACCUUGUUUAUCAUCAGACUGGAAAUCUACAGGAAGAACAUCUACAUGUACAAUCAGAUCUCUCGACACAUCUGAUACUGGAGUGUACUGGUGUCAGUCUAAAUCUGGAGAAAAACUUCAUCUUGUUAAUAUCUCAGUACACAAUUUUGUGAUUCUGGACAGUCCUGUUCAUCCUGUGACUGAAGGAGAUCUUCUGACUCUACGCUGUUUAUAUCGAGAUAAAAAACCCUUUAACCUGAGAGCUGAAUUUUAUAAAGAUGGAUCAUUGGUGCAGAAUCAGACUACAGGAGACAUGAUGAUCAUCCCUACAGUCUCAAAGUCACAUGAGGGUUUCUACUACUGUAAACACCCAGAGAGAGGAGAGUCUCCAAAGAGCUGGAUCUCAGUCAGAGCCUCAAGCCUCAAGAAGCCUCCAUCUUUUGGUCUUAUUGUUGGUCUUUGUCUUGGACUGAGCGUCAUGUUUUUUAUCUUUUUCUUGGUCCUGCUGUGGUGCUACAAAAACAAAAAACUCGGCUGUCAGUCUUCCUCAGCUGUCAGUCAACAGCAGAACAUCAGUCAGACAUCAGAUCAAAAACAGACUGAGGAUGGUUACACUCCACUGCAGUCUGGAGAUGCUCAUAUUUAUAACUCAGCUGAUGCAACAGACAAUAAAGACACAAGCACAGUGACUCAGGCCGGCCCCAGUGAUUCCAUGUAUUCAAAGGUCAACUUCAAGAAAAAGAAACUCAAGAGCAAAGGUAGAAACAACUAGAAGAGUAAAACUAAAGACUGAGAGAAAAAUCCUAAACAUUUCUUUAUU